AGGGAGCAGGUUGUUUUUAUGAGAGGCGUCACUGGCGUCCGGAGCUGUGACCGCCGCCACCGUGACAGACGCCGGCGCCGGGCGGAGGCGCUGCCCUGUCAGACCUGAGACAUGUCUGAAAAUUCCAGUGACAGUGACUCAUCUUGUGGUUGGACUGUCAUCAAUCAUGAGGGUUCUGAUGUAGAGAUGGUGAAUUCUGUCACUGCUAGUGACAGCUGUGAGCUGAGCCCAGCAUGCUCCUCUCUAGAAGAAUUACCAGUACUGCAGCUGGAGCAAAAAGAAAGCAGUCAGAACAGCACAUUGUUAGUGGGAGGAGCUGCCUGUCCAACUUUGGAAGAAAGCAAGUCAACAAUUGAGGCAGAGGUGGCAGUGCCUGAAGACAAUGUCUACUUUGGAACUGCCAGUGAUGAUUCUGACAUCGUUACCCUUGAGCCACCCAGGUUAGAAGAAAUAGGGAGUCAAGAACUUGUCACUGUGAAGGAUGUGCAUGGUUCAGAAGACUUUAACAUGGGCUCCUCCUCCAGCAGCCAGUAUGCUUUCUGUCAGCCUGAAGCUGUAUUUUCAUCUCCGCCUAGUGAGGAUGAAUCAAGUAGUGAUGAGACUAGUAACCAGCCCAGUCUGGCUGUCAGACGGCGCCGUGGAAGGAAGAAGACCAUGUCUACGUCAGAACCUGAGCAACAGCUGCUUGAACAAGAGAACGAGCCCUCAAAGGAGCCAAGUACACGGCAGUUUGGUAGUGGUCUCAAUAAGUGUGUUAUACUAGCUUUGGUGAUUGCUGUCAGCAUGGGAUUUGGACAUUUCUAUGGCACAAUUCAGAUUCAGAAGCGUCAGCAGUUAGUCAGAAAGACACACGAAGACGAGGUGAGCGACAUUAAGGACUAUCACCAGCGCCGACAGGAGCUGCAGUCUUUGGUAGAUUCUGAGACAUUGAGAGAAAACCUCAUGCGGUGCUGGAGCUUUUCUGAAGCCGAAACGAUCUUCUUGGAGACUCAGAAGAACAACCUUGCUGCAGAAAAUCAGCAUCUUAAGCUGUCUCUGGCAAAGGAAGAGAAAGCCACAGCAUUCUUACAAGAGGAAUUAAGGAAACUAAGGGAGCAGGUUAGAGCACUGGAAGAUAAGGGGACGAGUGCCGAGGUAAUUAGGGAAAACCACUCACUUAAGCAGCAUUUAGAAGAGGAAAAACAGAAAAUACACAGCUUCCUUGGUCAGAGGGAGGCUCUCCUGGCAGAGAUGAGGAUGCUCACGAGGGAGCUGGAAAGGGAACGACUCAUCACCACUUCUCUCAGGUCACAACUUCAGCAUUCUUUCCCUAGUCAGCUUCAGGACCACUCAGAUUCUUCCAAGGUAUUGACUGAGAAACAGGAAGUCGUGAUGUUGCGGGAGAAACUCACUAAGCUGGAACAGAAACUGAACUUUGAACAGCAGCGUUCUGAUUUGUGGGAAAGACUGUAUGUUGAGGCAAAGGAUGAAAAUGGAAAACAAGAAACUGAAGGGAAAAAGAGAGGGGCCAGAGGACAGUACAGAGCUAAGAGGAAGCCAAAGGAGACAUUUCUGGGAACAGUGAAGGAAACAUUUGAUGCCAUGAAGAACUCUACCAAGGAGUUUGUGAGACACCAUAAAGAAAAAAUUAAGCAGGCUAAAGAGGCUGUGAAGGAAAAUCUGAAAAAGUUCUCUGAUUCUGUUAAAUCUACGUUCCGACAUUUUAAAGAUACCACCAAGAAUAUCUUUGAUGAAAAGGGCAAUAAAAGAUUUGGUGACAUGAAGGAAGAAGCAGCUGAAAAGCCAAGGACAGUUUUUGGUGAAUUUUGGCACCCACAGCACAAGGCCUCCCCCCAAAAUCAGGGCGGUAGAGGCCCUUCUCCACUGAGGGAUGGAGGAAGAACAAAGGCGAGUCACUUUGAAGAAUUCAGAAAAAGUGCAGAUUCCCAGAAGGGCAGCGCUGGAGGAGAUGGCAGUCAGAAUUGUCCCACUUUCAGAAAGGUGUGUUCUGGUGCGGUGGGAUGUGCUCCGCAGGAACCUGCCAACCCCUUCCAUUUAGUGAGCCAUGUAAGGAUAGAUGAAUUCAAACAGCUAAUUCAAAGGUACUUACUACAAGAACUGGGUGCCUUUCAUCACUGGGAAGAACUUGAUCAAUUCAUCAGUAAGUUUUUCCUCAAUGGUGUCUUUAAACAUGACCAGAAGCUCUUCACUGAAUUUGUUAAUGAUGUUAAAGAUUAUCUUAAAGACUUGAAGGAGUAUGACAUAGAUAAUGGCGGAGUGUUUGAGAAGUUGGACGGAUACCUAUAUAGACACUUUGGUCACACUUUCCCCCUUCCAUAUGGACCCAGUCGGCCUGAUAAAAAGCAACGUAUGGUAAAUAUUGAAAACUCCAGGCAUCGCAAACAAGAGCCGAAGCGCCUUCAGCCACAGCCUUACAAAAGGGAAGGUAAAUGGCAUAAACACGGUCGUGCUAAUGGAAGACACAUGGCCAGGCUUGAAAUAGAAUUGGGGCAAUUACCUUUUGAUCCUAAAUACUGAAUCUUGAUUAAGUUAAAGUAGAAAACCUGAUAGAUACAUAAAUGCUUCUUUCAACAUUUUUUGGAAUGGAAACUUAAGGUGAAAUUCUCACAUUUUAAGACUGGCUUGAUGGCUUUAUCUUAGUGCUCCAAAGUAAAGCUUACUAACCUGCACUUUCCAUAGUUGAGCUUGGCUCAGUGUCUCCCCACUAGAAGAGAAACGGCAGUUGUGUUGAGGGAGCCAGGCAUGAAACAGACUGUGCAUGACACAAGACUCCUUCCGGUACAGGAGCUGAAAGCAGGCUCCUGUCACAUGGUGUGACUGACAUUGUUAGGUUGGUUUGCAGUAGAGCUUGAAGAGCGCAAGGUGAUGCGAUUUCCUCUCUAACAUUUUUUAACCUUAUGUUACUUUUGUCUCUUUGUGGAUUCAAGAGCCUGUUGACUUGUGAAGAAUUUGCUGCCCUCUUAAGAGCUUGCUGACAUUGUUCUUGUGAAAUUUCUUGCACAUCUGACUAUUAUGGAAGAAACAAUAAAAUUAUACCAUGAGGAAAUUAAAGGUCUUUACUUAAAAUCUG